UCGAUCCCGAUCCACAGCCCCCAUCCCCAUCCCGGAUGGAACGUUCUGGACGGCGGCGCUCAACUUCUUUAGGGUUUGCUGCUAAGCCUCCAAACUUUCGCUCCUCCUGAUCUAUCCCCAUGGGCAAGUCCGGCGCCAAAAAGAAGAAGCCGGCCGCCGCCGCGAAGCCGGCGCCCGCAUUGGCCGAGCCAAAGGCGACGGCGCCUCCGACCACGCCCUCCGCGGUGAACGGCACGGGGCCACACCAGGUGGUGGACGCCGGCGUCCUCCUGCGGCGCGCGCACGAGCUCAAGGAGGAGGGCAACCGCCUGUUCCAGUCGCGCGAGUACGAUGGGGCGCUGCGCCAGUACGAGCUCGCGCUCCGCAUCGCCCCGCUUGGCCACCCCGACAGCGCCGUCUUCCAUAGCAACCGCGCCGCCUGUCUCCUCCAGCUCCGCCCCGUCGACCACGAGGCCGUCGCCCAGGAGUGCUCCCUCGCGCUCCAGGCCGAGCCGCGCUUCCCGCGAGCGCUCCUCCGCCGCGCCCGCGCGCUCGAGGCGCUCGGCCGACACGAGCUCGCCCUCGCCGACGCGCUCGCGCUCCUCGCACUCGACCCCGACCACCGCGACGCCAUCGACCUCUCGCACCGACUCCGCUCCCGUGUCAACGCGUCGACAGCCGCCUCGGCUUCGCCUGCGCCCGAGCCUACCAGCCGCCCCUCCCCUGCUGCCCUUGGUGCCUCUGCUGUUGUCGCCGGACUUGGCCCUUCCCUCCCCGCCCGCCCAUUCCCCAAGAAACAAUCAGCCCUGGCCCCAGUCACUCCUUCGCAUUCAAAUCCUAAUGUGAUCUUGAAAUCUAACCAAGCAUCAUCGCCUAAGCUGGUACCGUUCUCUAAUUCUCCACCAUCUUCAGCCAAGGCUUCAGCUGCUAAUAGCUCCCAGAAGGCCACACUGACACCACCAGUGAACUCUUUGCCACUGGCAACAGCAGCACCCCUUAUAGACAGAAAGGUUGUGACGAGAUGGAGGCCUCUCAAGCUGGUGUAUGACCAUGACAUUAGGCUUGGGCAGAUCCCAGAGAAAUGCAGCGCCGUGAUGCUCCGGGAAUUUGUGGCGAAGAGGUUCCCAUCAUCUAAGGCAGUGUUGAUUAAGUAUAAGGAUGCUGAAGGGGAUCUAGUUACCAUCACAUCCACGGAAGAGCUCCGGUUAGCUGAAUCGUUUGUUGAUAAAGUUGGUCACUCGGUUAUAGAUAAUGGGAAGGAGGAGGGGGACAAUAAGCUCCCAAUGUUGAGGCUGCACCUUGUUGAAGUGAGCCCAGACCAGGAGCCGGAUUUGUCAUCAGAAGAGAAGUUGGAGGAGGAUGAGGAGCUGUUGAUCAAGGGUGAAGAUAGUCUCCUUCAGGAGACUUCACAUACUCCUUCAGAGGUAGCCGACACUGAGGUCACAAAGCAAGACGUGGAGAACAGAGUUGCUGAACAGAUGAUGGAGACUGCAAAGGACUGUGGCCAUGCUGAGUGCAAGGAUGCUGAAAUUGAUGAUUGGUUGCUUCAGUUUGUAGAGUUGUUCCGGAACCAGGUUGGGAUUGAUGCAGAUGCACAUCUAGACUUGCAUGAGUUGGGAAUGGAGCUGUGUUCAGAGGCUCUUGAGGAAAUUGUGACAAGUGAGGAGGCUCAGGUCCUUUUUGAGAUGGCUGCUUCUAAAUUUCAGGAGGUUGCAGCCUUGGCCUUAUUCAAUUGGGGAAACGUGCACAUGUGUGCAGCAAGGAAGCGCAUCCCUCUCGACGAAUCUUCUCCAAAGGAAGUCAUGGCUGCUCAGCUCCACACAGCUUAUGAUUGGGUGAGAGAGAGGUAUGCUCUUGCAGGGCACAAGUAUGAGGAGGCCCUAAAAAUCAAGCCAGACUUCUAUGAAGGGCUUCUUGCUUUAGGCCAGCAACACUUUGAGACUGCAAAGCUUCAUUGGUCAUUUGCAUUGACAGAUAAGGUAGACCUAUCUACCUGGGAUUCUUCAGAGACAUUCAAGCUUUUUGACAGUGCUGAGCAGAAUAUGAGGGCUGCAACAGAGAUGUGGGAAAAGGUGGAAGAACAGAGAAUGACAGAGUUAAGAGAACCAGGUGCAGGUGAAAAGGAUGAGGUACUGAGGAAAAAGAGGAAACAACACAGCACAGAUGGUCAGCCGGAGUUGACAUCAGAAGAGGCAGCUGAGCAAGCAGCAGUAAUGAGGCAACAAAUUCACCUCUUCUGGGGUAAUAUGCUUUUUGAGCGCUCUCAAGUGGAGUUUAAGCUCAGUGUUGGUGAUUGGAAGAAAAAUCUUGAUGCGUCUGUUGAAAGGUUUAAAUUGGCUGGAGCUUCGAAAUCAGAUAUUUCGACAGUGUUGAAGAAUCACUUUUCUAAUGCAGUCUCUGAGUGUGAAGAGAAGAAAGUCAUGACUUCAGGCACAGAGAUUUCCCAAACAAAUGACAAUAUUGAGGAUAAGUGUGUGGUUGAGAGUUGAGAGCUAAGUGCUCAUGGUUUGAAGCUGAAUGGCAUCAAUGUGUAUCGUAUUCAAUUUCUUGAUAGACUUCAUUUGUUCUUGGUAAUAUGGUCAUCUGUUAGUGACAUCUUGGCAACUCGCAAGUAGUAGCAGUUACUCGUUUUCGUAGAUAUGCAUCAAUAUCACCUUUUUAUGCUAACUAGCAGGGUGUAGGUGUUUGUCGUUUUCAUUGGUGGGUACUGAAUCUUUGCUAAUUUAGACUGGUUUCAACAGAUUCAUGUUGUAUGUGGGGUUCCUGCCAACCAGGUUGCACUAUGUUUGAGUAGAUUUCAUAUUUCAUUGUAAUAAUGUGAGUAACCAUAAGGGUCCUGGCGUUUGUUGCUUCAUUGGUAAGUUGCAAGGGCUUUGCUACUUUUAGAGUGGGUCCAACUUUGUCGGGUGCAUUCAUGUUAGAUGUGGUUCUUGCUAACCAGGUUGUGCUAUGUUUGAAGUGGGUUACAUUAUCAAUGGUAAUGCCAGUUUGUCGGUUGUCGCCUACCUGAACAGCUGAAAAACAUUUUAUGGAAUGCAUUUGAGGCAAGCACUGUUCUGAAAGGUGAUAAACAUCUUGAAAGAUUGUGUUGUUCCCAUUAUAUCCUUCCUCUACAACAACAACAACAACAUAGCCAUUAUAUCCUUCCUCUGUUGCAUUAAAAUGUCAACAUUAUUUGGAUUUGGUUUUGCUACAUUACAUCCCUGUAUCUCCCUCUAUGUAACCGAUGAGAGCAUCUUAGUUUGUGGACUGAAGUUAUAGUGUUUGUACCACUGUUGCAUAGACUCACUCUUCCCCGCUUAAAUCCUAAAAGCAUUUUUCGUGUACUAGUCAUACUUUGCUUCAGUUUGAUAAAAAUGUGGAGAACUUUUUAGGUGGCUAGUCGUACGCACAUGUUUGAUGACCAUGGGAAUCCCAACAGAAAUCACCAAGCACACCAUAAAAAUGGGCCAAAGCGCUGUUUUCCUGCAGCUAAUGGUGCACCAUCCCAAUGCCAUAUCACCAACAUCCGGGGCAACCGAUUUUUUACCGUCCCUGUGCUUCCCAGUCCGAUGAUGCUACAAGAAUAUCCUUACCAUCCAUUUCCUGUUCCAGUCCUGAAUCAUGAGCGACAUGUUGGAAAAUCUGGAUUUGUUCCAGUAGAUCAAGUUUGUACCAAUGAAGGUAACAGGACAAUGCCUCAUCCUAGGGGAGAUCCUCAUUCUUGGUGGCCUCUUGUUGGUACUUGUGGUGCUAGACCCCAUCUUGGUCCUGAAGGUCAUGGCCAUUUUGGUCAGACUUGGCCAAACCCUCAGGCGUUUGGUACAAGAAGGAAACACAGGUUUGCCACGAGGUGUUGGGCCGAGAGCUUUUGUCAGACCAAUGGUGCCUCCUCUUGGAUUCAAUGGACCACCAUAUCCUGGCCCUAUGCAUCCCAUGUACUAUUACAUGCCUGCUGUACCUAUGGAGCCGAUGAGAGGCCCACCAUGCUACAUCCAAAACGGCAAAACCAACCAGCGCCUAGCCCUGUUUUAUCCCCUGAAGCUGCUGAGUUAAGAUCUAAUAAUAUACUUACUCAGGUGGAGUACUAUUUCAGUGAUUCAAAUCUGGAUCGUGAUGAUUUCUUGAAAUGUUUAAUGGAUGAGAGUGGCUGGGUUCCAGUUUCAAAAGUUGCAGACUUCAAUAGACUUAAGAAAAUGACCACGGAUAUACAGUUGAUUGUAGAUGCAUCGACAAACUCAAGUCUUCUAGAAGUCCAGGAUGAUAAAAUUAGAAGGCGUUCUGACUGGUCAAAGUGGUUCUCUUUUUCUGGAACAACAUCUGUUGCAAGCCCAUCAUCUGCGAGUAUGGAUAGCAGCAUGGGUGAGAGGAAUAUUGGUGGCUUUUCAAAUAAGGAUGUUGAUUCUGAAGAUCAAAAUAAGCAUGGUAUGAAAGCAGAAGUUGCUGAUGAACAAGUCCAGGACUCACAUAGCUCUUCAUUGAAUAGGGACUUAUCUGCCCUUAGUAUUGAUGAAAAGCCUAAGAGUCUUGCUCCACACCCUACAAAGUCAAGCAAACAUUAACCUUCUUUUAGAUAUGGUGAUUUCAAAGUUCAGAAAGUGAAGUCAAAGACACACAUGCCUGAUUCUCAAAACGACUUUUCUAGCUUUGGUGGUGACCAAAGCAUUUUCAUGCUUGAUGAGUAAUUGGAAUUGGAACAUGCGGACCAUGCACGCGAUGACCAUAAAAGGAUCCUGGGUUAGCAAAGGAUGACAAAAGCCGCACAAGCAUACAUCAGGCAUUUUCAGCAGAGGAAGCAUGAAGAAUAAGCGAUGCCUUAUAUCAUUAUAAGGCACUGCAUGGUCGGUGCAGGCUGAUACUCCAGACACCGAUUCUAAACCACCUGGUGGUUCAAAGGAGAACCACGUUAGCAGUGGUCCAAAUGGUACUGGAGAAACUGGACAGCCUAUUCCACGUAAGUGCCAAAGUAGAGGCAAUAGAAAAGCACACAGCUCACAUAAACAGAGGUUCUUUGCUGGUAAUUUCAUAAGUAACCCUGACCAAUAUGGUGCUGUAUCAGAAAGUCCUCCAGGCAAUUCAGUUGGGUAUUUCUACGGAUCCACUCCAGAAAAUCACAGUAAAACCUACCUAUUUACUGUUUCAAAUUGUUGUUGGUUUGAUGAUCCCUAUGAUGAUUAGCUAUAAGAGUUCAAAGCUGAGUUCUUCUCAAUCACGGAAUUCCUACUGGGAGCUCACCUAUUGGAUCAAUGCCCAAAUCUUCUACACAAUGUCAGAAUCUAACUUAUCAUCUUCUAGAAAAAAUAAACUCCAGCAACAGCUGCCUUUACGAUGGCAAACUUUUAAGUUCUAAUGCCCUUGAAAAACAUUAUUCAUCAGCACCCUCUACUACAUUCAGUCCCACCUUUUGAACUGAUCUGUUGACAUUCUUUUUCUGCGUGAUGGUACAAUAAGUUCAAAGAUCACUGCCUUAUGGAACGUAAGAAGUUAGGCACUGGUCACAGCAAGCAAAUGAACUCGCUGUAUCGGUUUUGGUCAUACUAUCUGAGAGACAAUUUUAAUGAAAGCAUUUUAAGAAAUUUGCACUGGAGGAUGCAGCAGCAAGCUACAGAUAUGGACUUGAGUGUCUCUUCAGAUUUUAUAGUUAUGGUUUGGAGAAAAACUUCCAACCCAAUGUAUGAGAAUUUCGAGAAGCUUAUGCUCGAAUUCUACCAUAAUGGUGAUUUUUAUGGACUCGAAAAAUACUGGGCAUUUCACCAUUAUUGAAAUCCAGAUACCGGCCCUAUAGAUAAGCAUCCAGAGUUGGAGAGGCUCCUUAGGGAGGAGUUCUGGACCCUGGAUGAUUUCAAGGCGAAGGAGAAAACCCAUGAGGCGGCAGAGAAACAGACAGGUGGCAGUAGCAGCACUGUGACGGUGGCCCGUGGCCGCACAUAGCAAGGCUGGGACUAAGUAGGUCCAAGCUCGGCAUGAAAACUUUGCGGUCACCCGGGAAAGGAGAAAUUAGCCUAUUUUUUUGCGGUCGCCCGGGAAAGGAGAAAUUAGCCUAUUUUUUUCAUUUGCUGAGUAAGGAUUUGAGUAGACAUCUGUUCAGAUUUUGCUAUACCCCCUGCCAGUACUUGUGCUGUGGCUGCCCAGAAAUUUUUCCUCCCUUUUUUUCAUUACCUUACUGGCAUCAAUGUGGGAGCUGUACAUUGUAGAUGAUAACUUUUCCUGUUAUUAAAAAGACAAAUAAUGGAGCAUGCAUUUUGAA